AAAAAAAUGGCGCUCCUGACGAAAGUGUUGUUCUCAGGUGUUUGCAUUGCUGUUAUAUUGUACGGGAUCAUAGAUGUUCUAACUAAUUACGAACAAAACAAAUGUCACAUGACGUAUAUGUUUGAACAACCAGAAUAUUUGGAAAUUCCUCUAAGCAAAGCUAUCAAAGACAAAUUUCCGAGAUACAGCUUGUAUGUCUAUGGAGAGGGGCCUUAUGCAAGACAAGUGGCGAAGCUGAAUUUACAAGGCAUUCCCAUCUUAUUUAUACCUGGGAAUUCAGGCAGUCACAAACAAGCCCGCUCCUUAGCCUCGGUGUCCCUCAGAAGAGCCAUGGACAAAAGGACAUACUUUUUCUUCAACUAUUUCACUGUCGAUUUUGACGAGGACUUAACUGCCCUGUUUGGUGGUGUGCUGCAAGAUCAGACAGAGUUUGUACACACCUGUAUAAAGAAAAUCUUGAGGUUGUAUAAAAAUGCUGAGAACAAACCAUCAACAGUGAUACUUGUGGGACACUCUAUGGGAGGAAUGAUUGCCAGAGCGCUGUUUACGUUACCAGACUUUGAUCAGCGGCUUGUCAAUACCAUCAUCACACAAGCCACACCACAUCAGAUCCCAGUGGUGACUGUAGACUCCUAUAUGGGCAGUUUCUACAGAAAUGUUAACCAUUACUGGAGGGAAUAUGGGACCACCAAUCUCAGUCACGUAACUGUCGUCUCCACGGGAGGCGGGCACAGGGAUUACCAAGUCCGCAACAGUCUCACCUCACUCAAAGGGAUCAUCGAUUCAGCGAGAGGCAUCAGCUCAUCGACGAUUUCCAUGCCAAAGGCUUGGGUGUCCACGGAUCAUCUAUGUGCAGUCUGGUGCAAGGAAGUUGUAAUGGCCACAGUGAGAGCAAUAUUUGAUAUUGUGGAUACUUCAACCAAUCAGGUUUCCACGGAUGCAGAUCGUAGAAUGGAUGUCUUUCGUCAUCACUUCCUGUCACACUCUGGUGCCAAAGCUUACACGAGGAAGUGGACUAAAGAAAUAACAUUGGACCCUGCAGGAACCUGGAUGGUGGAGAAGGACCUCACCUGGGAAUUUGCUAGGGAUAAGGUAAAGGAGCCAACCUAUAUAUCUGUGCCUAUUGAGAGAGAACGAGAAGAUAGCUUUGUUGCUGUGUCGGACAUUGACAAUAAAGAUUGGAUUUGUGUCUGCAAGAGUGAAACAGGGGAUGGAAGAUGCAAAACAUGCAAGAAUUUAUCUAAAUAUGGAGAAGCUGUACCCCCAAAUGACUCUGGGAGAAAGGUUGUACACAUCAAUCUGAGGAAACACAAAGCAAUGACUCACAUUGUAAUCAUGGUACCUAGAACUCAUGAAAAGGUAGAAGUGAUGGGGGAUAUUUACCGGAGGGAUGACAGACACCUCAGCUACCGAAUGCCAGGGUUUCUGGAUAUGUUGAUGACCUACCCCGAGAGUGUGACCCAGGGGACGGGAAUCCUAACACUCUUUAAUGACACCCUCUUCUAUGACCUUCAUCUGCUAAACAUGGAUCAAAUUCUCAAAGCUUUUACUGUGAAGCUUGAGCCAAAGAAAUGCUUAGCAACUAAACCAGAUUUACAUGAUGGUUAUAUGAUGAAGCUGCAGAUACCAGGCAGUAAUGAAGACACAUUUUCAUUUAACAAGUUGAAUGAGAUUGGGUACCUACCAGUGAAGCUACAGAGUGGUAACAUGGACUAUAAUGAAGACAUCCAGCUCAAAGUGUACACAGACCCCUCAUGUACCUACCAACUCAAAAUACUGGUGUCCCCUGUGCACAUGCUGGGUCAGUUUGUUCGUUUCUAUGGAACCUUGUUGCCUGCUUUCAUGGUAUCUGUUCUUUUGAUGGGAGUAAUGCAUCAACUGAGAUGUAUGGCCAAAGAUGGGAUUUGUCCCCCUUUACUGGAUGCUAUUGCAGACAAUGGAAAACCUUACUAUGUUGUGCCAGUGGUGUCCAUUCUACAUUUAAUCAGCCAAAUUCCAGCCAUUCAGGAAAUAUUUGGACAGAAUAGUGGUCUAUUGCCAGACACCACAGAACUGACCAAUCAGGGUCUGAUGAUGCGAAUGCUGUACCUGUUCCUGUAUCUGAUUGCCAUGGGACUGGUCAACUUUCAAUGUUUUAUGAUUGACUUUGGGAUGAAAUCCCUCAGUCGGGUUGCUAGCAUCUUUUGCUCCUGUUGCCCUGUUCCAGCCAGUAGUAAGAGAUUAGUGGAGGUGUCCCUAGUGUUAGCGUUCGUGUUAUCUGGUGCUCUGUGCGGAACGCUAGGCCUCAUUGUCUGCUACAUAUUAUGCAUCAUUAAGGUUCUCAGGACGUACCAUGUUUUACGACGGGACAUCCUAGACUCUCGCGCUCAGUCUCGCUAUAAUUUGUACCUUACCGUAUUACUCCUACUAAUGUGGAUGACAGCCCUAAACUUACCUCCACUGAUUGUCUGGCUGCGAAAUAUACAGUAUUUUAUAACACUGCACAACGAUCCUAGCUGCCUGACAGCCCUAUUAUGUAUCCUAGCAGUGGGAGCUCUGUUUAUAUGUGAUGAUCCUCUCUCAGGAAGAGACCACUACUUCCCGUCCUGUGUGGGUGUGUACAUGUCCACAGUUGUACUAUUGUUACAUGGGAUCCUCUCUAUCUACAGAAUGUCUUACUUCAUCACGUUUGUUCUGAUCCUGACUGCCCUACCUCAGGUUGUGAACAAAAUAAAGGCCACCCAGCAACACAAAGAUAAAAAUACGUAGAUCUAGAGAUUUUAAAAUGUGUUUGUCAGUUUCAAACUUUUGAAAAGAAAACAUUUCAUUAACAGACAAGAACUAUAUGUAUUAAUCAGAGUGAUUUAGUUGAAAAGUCAAAACAGCAUUACAGAAUCAAGUACUUUUUGUACAGAUUCUGAUUUAGAGAGAGAGAGACAGAGAGAGAGAGAGAGAGAGAGAGAGAGAAUGUUACAUGUAACCCCAUACCAUAAUCAUGAUAAUUUGAAGCUUUUUAUUCUAAAGUAGACCCUUUUUCCCAUUGUUUUUUCUUUAGUUAUGAAGCCAUUUUAGUAUUAUUUACAUUCCAUUUUUGAUACGCUUUGGUUUACCACAUGAAAUGUGGAUUGAUGGGAUUUAUUUGUUUCACGUGACCAAAGGUGCAAUAUGUGAUAUUUUUUAGCCGAGUUGCAACGAAGUUGAACUCGGCUAUUGGUUUGGUGAUGCGGGCGGGUGGUUGGGUGUCAACAAUUGGUUUCCGGAUGAUAACUCAAAAAGUUUACAAUCUAAUCAAAUGAAACUUUGAUAUAUUGUUAGGUACCAUGUUAGGAAGACCCCUAUUGAUUUUGGAGAAAAAUGGUCAAAGGUCAAGGUCACAGUGACCGAAAAUAGAAUGAAAAUAUCAGAAAAAUUUGGUUUCCGGAUGAUAACUCAGAAAGUUUAAAUCCGAAUCAAAUGAAACUUUGAUAUAUUGUUGGGUACCAUGUUAGGAAGACCCCUAUUGAUUUUGGAGAAAAAUGGUCAAAGGUCAAGGUCACAGUGACCGAAAAUAGAAUGAAAAUAUCAGAAAAAUUUGGUUUCCGGAUGAUAACUCAGAAAGUUUAAAUCCGAAUCAAAUGAAACUUUGAUAUAUUGUUGGGUACCAUGUAAGGAAGACCCCUAUUGAUUUUGGAGAAAAAAGGUCAAAGGUCAAGGUCACAGUGACCGAAUAUAGAAUGAAAAUUUCAGAAAUAUUUGGUUUCCGGAUGAUAACUCAGAAAGUUUAAAUCCGAAUCAAAUGAUACUUAAAGAUUUUGUUAUGUACCAGGUAAGGAAGACCCCUAUUGAUUUUGGAGAAAAUAGGUCACAGGUCAAGGUCACAGUGACCGAAAAUAGAUUUAAAAUUCCAAAAAAAAUUUGGUUUCCGGAGGAUAACUCGAAAAUUUUCAAUUUGAAUCAAAAGAAACUUGGAUAUGUUGUUGGAUACCAGCAAAGCAAGACCCCUAUUGAUUUUGGAGAACAAAGGUCAAGGUCACAGUGACCGAAAAUAGAUUGAAAACUUCAGACAAAUACGGUUUCUGGACAGUAACUCAAAAAGUUUAAAACUGAAAUUAGUUCUUCACAAUUAUAAAUGUGCCACAUCAUUCCUGACUUUACAAUGUAUCCCAUGCAACUCGGCUCAUGCACCCUGGGUGCAUAUAUUGAUUUUUUAAAACUUGACUUGCAGACAAACUGUUGAAGGAAAUUCCAAAUAGUGUCAUUAAAUUUGCAAAAAGAA